GACCCGUCCAUGCUGCUGGCCAUCACUGUCAUCGGGGUCACAGUGCUGCUGUUCGCCCUGAAGAGCAUGAACGCCAGGAGGAAAGACCUCAUCACCUUGCAGGACCCUGAUUCCAAGUACCCGCUGCCCUUGAUUGAGAAAGAGCAAAUCAGCCACAACACCCGGAGGUUCCGCUUUGGAUUGCCCUCACUGGACCACGUCUUAGGGCUUCCUGUAGGGAACUAUGUCCACCUCUUGGCCAGAAUUAAUGGUGACUUGGUGAUCAGGGCCUACACACCCGUCUCCAGUGAUGACGACCGAGGCUUUGUGGACUUAAUUAUAAAGAUCUACUUCAGAAAUGUGCACCCUAAAUAUCCCGAAGGGGGGAAGAUGACUCAGUACUUGGAGAACAUGAAAAUUGGAGACACCAUCCUUUUUCGAGGGCCAACCGGGCACCUAUUCUACCAAGGGCCAGGGAGAAUUGCAAUCAAACCGCACAAAACGAGCCAGUCUGAAAAAAAACUAGUCCAUCACCUGGGAAUGAUUGCUGGAGGCACAGGCCUUACGCCCAUGCUGCAGCUCAUUCGCCACAUCACCAAGAACCCCCGCGACAAGACCCGAAUGUCCCUCCUGUUUGCCAACCAGACAGAGGAGGACAUCUUGAUGAGAAAGGAGCUUGACGCAAUGGCCAGUGCUCAUCUAGAACAGUUCAGUGUGUGGUACACCCUGGACAGGCCUCCCGCCGGCUGGACCUACAGCUCUGGCUUUGUUACUGCUGACAUGAUCAGGGAGCACCUCCCUCCCCCUGGGAAGGCCACACUCAUCCUGGUGUGUGGCCCCCCGCCCCUGAUCCACACAGCUGCUCACCCCAGCCUGAAGAAGCUGGGUUAUACAAAGGACAUGAUUUUCACCUACUAACACCUCCUGUGUUCUUCACAAGUUUCCCGGGUCCCUGUCCUCUGUCUCAAGUGAGUUUGGCUUCACCAGGUUAAGGUGGGACGUUUACGAAAGUGCCUCUUUGGGCGUGCCCACCGGGGCACCUCUCUCGGGUGUGGACCUAAGAAGAAGGCUUUGAGGCAUCAAGAAGAUGGCUUCUGAGGCCCCCUGGCUUGAAGGGUGGAAAGAGCUCCAUUAUUGUACCGUUCUCUAUAGUUUGGUGAAAUAAACUUAAGUUCUCAGUAGA